AAGUAAAAGUUUGACCGAAACUCCAAUCCAUUUUAACCGACUGUUUUCCCACAAUGCGACCACAAGAAGAAAAACACGACACACACUCGUCAGUGAAUGACCAACCAACACUUCCACGAGCGCACACACCCAACAACACUGCCAGAUGGAUACAAUGCCGGCCACCGCAGAAACGAGAGCAUACUUUUGGCCAGCAUCAGCAGCACUUUCGGUGACUAAAUCGUGCGCAUCCAAAAACCUAGUCCAAGAUGGUCACAUGACAGACACACAUGGUCGGAAUAAUAUCCAAACCGAUCGACCCCAAAUGAGCCACACAAAAAAAUGAGUACCUCCCAUGAAUCACUCACCCCCCGCCGAAAGAAGAGAAACACUUCGACCCCCCACCACCCCGAAGGAUUCGCUAGGUCGACUGGGUCGAUAACGACAAGUGGCACGAGACCCGGACGCGAUCACCGCGGAAAAGAAACAACACACGCACCCACACUUGAACACAGACACACAGAAGAGACUGAGGGAGAGAGAGCAGGAGCUUGGCCUAAAAAGUGAGCCAGCACCACCAGUCGUGAAAACAAUCGGAGCAGCAUGGACACGCAACCGCAUGGCGGGGGAACGGCCAACGGCGGCAGUCCCCAGCAGUUUUGCCUUCGAUGGCAUAAUCAUCAGACAAGUUUACUCAGUUCGUUGCCACUGCUGUUGGAUCAGUCGCACCUGACCGACGUAACGUUGAUAGCCGAAGGUCGCAACAUCAAAGCCCACCGGGUAGUGCUAAGCGCGUGCAGUACUUUCUUUUCGGAACUGUUCCGAACGCUCGAUGGUCCCCUGUAUCCGGUGAUUGUCCUGCCGGGGGCGUCCUUUCCCGCCGUGGUCGCUCUGCUCACGUUCAUGUACUCGGGCGAGGUGAAUGUCUACGAGGAGCAGAUAUCAACCCUACUCUCGCUGGCCGAGACGCUGGGCAUCAAGGGACUGGCCGACUUUAGUGGCAACUCGCACAAAUCUACCACACCAACGACGGAGGCCUCUUCGCGGGAAUCGGAAAUUCCAUCGCCCUACCAGGCCGCCAUCAAGAUGGAAUCCCCAGGGGAACCCUUCUUUCCACGCCCGUUCAACUUCCACUCGCCACUUUUCCCGCAAGCGCUAAACCUUGCGACAAACAACAAUAGCAACAACAGCACCAACAACAACCACAAUAGUGGCGGUGCUGGGCCGAAUAAAUCGGCAGAUCUCUUUUCACGAUUUCUUCCACAGAAGUGUGAUAUGAUGGCGAACGAAGCGCUUUGGAAGAUGAAUGAGGAAAGCGAAGCUAUAAAUAGAGACAACAAAAGUGGCACCAACAUCGGUCCCAGUGGAACGAGCUUAGAGGAUCGACAAUCCGUCAAUGCUAAUAAUAAGAACAACAGCUCCACCGGUACCGGUACCACUGCUGGUCAGGCCAGUGACGAUGAGAAGCAGCAAAACACACCAAAAAACGAGACAGAAUCCGCCAACACUAGUCCUAAAUUUAAUUUCGACACCAACCAUCUCCACCACGAUUCCACCGCACCGUCUACUCCCUCCAGCAAUCCGGACGAGCACCGAAUGCAUCAGCAGCAGUCGUCCCUGAACACUUGUUCGACGAAAAAAUCUGCCAGUCAGGAAAACAAACGAAAGAAAAUCGACAAGAUUGCGGAAAAUCUCCGAACCCAAACCACCGCAUCGGCGGCGACGGCAGCCGCAGCGGCGGCAGCAGCAGCAGCGUCCUUCAACAAGCACUUGCUCCAAUCGUUGAAAUCAUUUCCCCCGAGUUCCCAGUCCCUGUCACAGAUGCAUCUGUUUAGCAAACCACCCACAGCGACACCGGUCAGCAGCAACCAGCAGCCAUCCUUCCUAGCCCAUCACUUUCUAACGAACGAAUCUGCAUCGAAAACGCCCGAAAAUCUGAUUCUGGAAUCUGUCCACCCCAGUCCCGGUACGGGAGCCCUGAACCAUGCCAUCACUUCGCCAGGCGCUGCCUCCUCCUCGACCUGUUCUUCUUCCACCACGAUCACACCGUCAAUGGCGAUGGACCUGGUUGGAGCGAGCGGUAUGCUGAAGGCCGCCGCCCAUCAUCUCAGUCCCCAACAGCAACAGCAGCAACAACAACAGAAGCCACCCACCAAACUGUACGCCACGUGCUUCAUCUGUAACAAGCAGCUCAGCAACCAGUACAACCUACGAGUUCACCUGGAAACGCAUCAGAACGUUAGAUACGCCUGCACCGUUUGUUCGCACGUGUCCCGCAGCAAAGACGCUCUGAGGAAGCACGUGUCCUACCGCCACCCGGGAACGCCAAGUCCGUGCGAUCCCGACACCAAGCGAAAGCGCUCCAAGGCGAAUCUCGGACAGAUGAUCAAGCAAGAGCUGCUCAACGAACAGGGACAGAUGAACCAGCUGAUCAAGCAGGAAAUCAUGAACGACCAGCAAAACAUGUCAACCCAGCAGCAACAACAACACCACACCAACCAACUGCUGGCCAAUUUGACCUCCCAAGGAAACUCGAUCGUGAUUCCCAGCUUCCUCCAGCAGGCCGCAUCGAUGCAGUCCGCGUUCUCGUCCAAAUCGAUGCUUUUCAACGCUCCCCAACCCAUUUCAACGGCGCUGGCCGCACCGCCCUCCCAAAUGCCCGCCGAUGUUUGCGCCACACUAUCCCAGCCAAAGGAUUUGAGCAACAACCCAAUGCAACCGUUGGACAGCGGUGCCAACGGAACCUCAGCUUCGACGUCCAAAAAGCUGGACAACGGUUCACCGGAACGCAUGGACGAGGGAGCUUCUGUGCCGGAAGAGGCCAAGCCAAACGGCGCCGCGUUGUAAAACUAGUCAAAUGUCGAAACGCGAUAGCUAGCGAAAUCAAACAAUCAAACGGAACCACUCUCAUAAAAGACAUUAAUUUAAAGUAAACAAUUAAGCUAUUACACAGAUCUAUUGAAGAUAGUCAAAACGUCCCUAACAUAUGAAGGUUUUAAUUUCACUUUUUUGUUGUUUAUAAUCUACUUCCCUAGCUGUGAUAGUCAUUCAAUCGUAUAGACUUAAUUUGAACAACAACUUCAAUCAAUUUCAACGUACUACAAUGCACAAUACUUCCCAAUCCCAAAGACCUUGAAAGCCAAAGAAACCAAUUUUUUAUUUUCAAAUUCGUGUUGAGUACUUUACCUACCUCACCAAAUUUAAAGCAAUCGUUACUAAACCUCCAAUUGCUAGUCCUGAAAACCAUUAUUCGACUACAGUCUACAACUAUUCUCUAGAACAAAAAAAAACUUGUAAAAGACACUACAGUCCCCAUCUCAUCGUCUGUAAGCAAUGUGCCUCACUUAAUCGUUAAAAGAAAAUUAUAUUUGUACCAGUGCCUUUCUACAAUAAUUAUUAAAAAAGUUAGCAAAAAAUAACCAAAAAAGAGAUUUUAAUCUAAACAUACAAUACGAUAACCUCUCUAAGUAAUGUAAUUAUGAAGAAAAAAAGAUGUGAAACGUGAAAAAGACAAUACCAAGUAGGACAAAUAAGGAAUUUAGCUGUUUUUUUAUUUAAAAUAAACUAUUGACACAAAGUUUUUGCUAGGCGUUAAGAUAUAAAAAUAAUUAUUGAUCGAGCAUGUUACCACACCACUGUUUCUUUACUCUUGUUAGUGAAACUAACCAACUUUUGAGGGAAAAUCAAAAAAACACUAUACUCUCAAGCGAUAAUGACACAUUUAACAUCUUCACGAAGCGUUAAAAUGUAAGGAAUGUUUUUUUUUUUGUUUUCUAGCUCCUUUGUAAUAAAAUUAUCAAUAAGACGGAAAAUAAAUUUGGUUUGUUUACC